CGGUCAUCCGCUAUUUCCGGAUACGCACCAUGGUGGCAUGGCGCCUGGCCCACCGUCUCGCGGUGGCGCGAGCAACGCUGCAGCGCGGCUACAGCCGUCGGGCGAUGGCACUACCAGCACUACAAUCGUAUGGCGAGCAUGUGCAAUCGAGCGCUUCCUUCGCAGCGGCAGCGGCGGCGGCCAUGGCCAUGGGCACAUGGAUGGGUUCGCGGGACGAGUGGGCAAGCAUGAAAGCGGCGCCGCCCUUGACGCGCAACUUCAUCGCAGACGCUGUCGAGAAGGCUGCGCCCGCUGUUGUCAAUAUCACGAUUGACUAUGGACAUUUGCAGGGCAGCAGCUCCGGCUCGGGCUUUAUUCUCGAGCGCAGCGGCCUCAUCGUCACGAACGCCCACGUCGUGGCGCAUGCAGGUCCCCACGCGAGUAUCAAGGUGACGCUCGCCAACGGCGCUAGCUACUCGGCCCGUGUACAUAGCAUGGACGCACUCACAGACUUGGCCUUGGUGCAACUCGACAAUGGUUCCUCGUUGUCGCUACCCACCAUGCAGAUUGGUUCGUCGGGCUCGUUGCGCGCUGGCGAGUGGGUCGUCGCUCUCGGAAGCCCGUUGACCUUGCAAAACAGCGUGAGUGCUGGUAUCGUGAGCGCGGUCGCUCGCCACGGCUCAGAGAUCGGGCUUUCGAAUCGGCGCAACCACACCGAGUACAUUCAGACCGAUGCCGCCAUCAACUCUGGCAACUCGGGCGGACCGCUCGUCAAUCUCGACGGCGAAGUCAUUGGGAUCAACGCAAUGAAAGUCGCCGGCGAUGUCAGCAACAUUUCAUUUGCCAUUCCGAUCGACACAGCCAUGGACGUCAUCACGCAGCUCCGCAAGCAAAAGAUCGUGACGCGCCCGUACGUGGGUAUGCAAAUGGUCCAGUUCAGCCCGGGCGUGCUCCCUGAAAUCUCCAAACUCUACUCGGAUCUCAAGAGCGGCGUCGUUGUCAAGUCGGUGACACCAGGGUCCCCGGCUGCGAUCGGCGGCCUCCAGCCAGGAGACGUCAUUGUCGAGUUUGCUGGCACACGCGUCGAGACCAUCAAGGACGUGACGACCGCCCUCGGUUACAACGUGGGUCAAAAGAUGUGCAUGAAAGUUCGCCGCGACGGCAACACGGAGCCGCGCAUCUUUUGCUUUGUGACUCAAGAUGCAAGCCACCGACGCGCGCCAACGCCAUCGCUGUGGUAAUAAACACACCUCUAGAAAGCCAAUUUGGCAUUUAAAGCAUUUCCCCGUUCGCGGUUGACUUGGGUCGUUACCAUGAACCAUAACACAUACUGCU